AUAGCAACCACAGUAAUCUCAAACGAAGAUAACGUUAUCUAUCCAAUAAGCCAUUAGGAAGCUCAGAAGCUGCCACGUAAGACUCAUAUCUCACAUCUCCAAUCUCCGAACCUCACUUACCUCAAACCUUCCUUCUCAAAUACCAUUCUCACCAGAAACUUCACACAUUUCGAAAGAGAAUCCCACAAGAUCAAUCUAGAGAGACCAAAAGAGAUCGGAAGAGAUGGCUUCUACCUCCGCGAUGUCAUUGGUCACACCACUUUGCCAGACCCGUUCGUCGCCUUUCCUCAAGCCAUUACCUCUGAAACCAUCCAAGGCUUUGGUUGCAACAGGAGGCAGAGCACAGAGGCUUCAAGUUAAGGCGCUCAAGAUGGACAAGGCAUUAACCGGAAUCUCCGCAGCUGCUCUUACCGCUUCGAUGGUGAUCCCGGAGAUAGCUGAAGCUGCUGGUUCUGGAAUCUCUCCUUCCCUCAAGAAUUUCUUGCUUAGCAUUGCUUCUGGUGGCCUUGUCCUCACCGUCAUCAUUGGUGUCGUCGUUGGCGUCUCCAACUUUGACCCUGUCAAGAGAACCUAAGAACUACAUAUCUUUCUUACAUCAUUAUUGUAAUCUGUUCUCCUUCUGUGUAUUCGUUUAAUGUUGCAGCAAUGAACUUUUGGAUAAAAGUAAAACUUGUUGUUUCCUGAAUUCGAAAAACGAAUGAGAUUUGACAUCA